GCCAGUUCGCUGUAGAAAAAAAGAAAUAAUCCCAUUACUGCCGGGGCUUAAACCCUAAACCCAUUUCUGGGAAAUUCUUCUUCUGCAUCAAUGCCAGUCAAUCUCAUCCCCCACCUCCGAUUUCUCAAUUUCUGUAACCCCGUCGCGGUGUUUUCCGCCAUGAAGCCCGCACCGCCGUUCAAACCUUGUCGGGCCACGCCCAUUUUGUCUCGGGUCUUCUCGCACAAGCUCAAGUACCGGCCUUUCAGGCUGCCGCUCCCGCCGCCGUCCAUUUCCGGCCAGUUUGGUCUCCGGAUGUUCUCGACCAGGUCUGACCGAGGAGUAUCCCGUGGAGGGAGGACUGGCCGGGGUGGCGAUGUUCGGCCUCCGAAGAGCCUGGUGGAGGAUGAAGCUGAUCUCAGUGACUGGCUUAGCGGGUUGAGGUCAGAUUCUUAUUUGAAAACUAGGGUUUACAGCGAAAGUGAUGACAAUGAUGACGAUGAUGAUGGUUUUUCUGGGAGAUCUAGGGGCGGCGGCGGUAGAGGGCGGAUGGGGAGAGGAGGAGGUGGCGGUGGUAGAGGAGGGCCGAUGGGGAGAGAGGUGGGAGGUGGAAGACGGAGAGUAGAGACGGGAUUUGUUGAUGAUGACGACGACGAGGACGACGAUGGCUUUGAUGGGAGAUCUAGUGGAAGGGGUAGAGGGCAAAGGGGGAGAGGAGGUGGUGGUAGAGGAGGGCAGAUGGGGAGAGAGAUGGGAGGUGGAAGGCGGAGGGUAGAGACCGGAUUCGAUGAUUUUCACAGGUCUGAUAAGCAGAAUUCAGGCAAGGAGAAAAUGCAGCCAUUUUCAAGGGAAGGAGGGAGGUUUGGGAGGAACGAGGGAUCCACUCGAAUGCAAAGAGGCGGGAGAUUCGGGAAUGAAGGUAGGCCUGAUAGGCAAAACUCGGGCUCCGACAGGAUGCAGCCAUUUCAAAGGAAAGGUGGAAGGUUUGAGGUCGAAACCAGAGGAGGGAAAAAGAGGGGCGUGGAUGAGUUCGAUUCUGGAUUCCGUAGGGAUAGAAAGAGAAGAAAUGGUGCUGGUGAGAUGACAGAUGAAGAUGAAGAUGAAGAUGAUGAUGAUGAUGACGACGACGAGGAUGAUAAUGGAUAUAAAAGGUUCGGUGAUUUGUUAGACAGCGAGGAAGAAAGUGAGGAAGAAGAAGAAGAAGAUGAAGAAGAAGAAGAAGAAGCUGUAGAGAAAGAAACGAAUCCGUCUUCACGGGCUUCAAUGCCAAGAAGCCCACAAGGGGAAACUAAUUCAUACCUAAGUGAAACAAGGUUUGAUCAGUUUCCACUCUCACCUUUAUCACUAAAAGGAAUCAAAGAUUCAGGAUAUGAGAAGAUGACACUUGUUCAAGAAGCCACCCUUCCCAUCAUUCUGAAAGGAAAAGAUGUUCUUGCCAAGGCCAAAACUGGCACUGGCAAAACUGUAGCCUUUUUACUUCCCUCCAUUGAAAUCGUCUUAAAGUCGACCCCAUCAACUCGCGACCAAAAACUCUCUCCAAUUCUCGUCCUCGUAGUCUGCCCCACCAGAGAACUUGCAAGCCAAGCUGCAGCAGAAGCCAACUCUCUCUUAAAGUACCACCCCACAAUUGGAGUUCAGGUUGUCAUAGGAGGAACAAGGCUUGCUUUGGAGCAGAAAAAGAUGCAAGCCAAUCCAUGCCAGAUCCUUGUGGCCACACCUGGCAGGCUCAAAGACCAUAUUGAGAACACGUCUGGGUUCGCGACAAGAUUGAUGGGUGUCAAGGUUUUGGUUCUUGACGAAGCCGACCAUUUGUUAGACAUGGGUUUUCGCAAGGACAUUGAGAGGAUCAUCGCAGCCCUACCAAAGAAUCGCCAAACGCUCCUAUUCUCUGCGACAGUCCCUCAAGAGGUACGUCACAUCUCUCACAUUGCCCUAAAAAGAGACCACGAGUUCGUCAACACAGUUCAGGAAGGGAGUGAAGAGACACACGCGCAGGUCCAACAGAUGUAUCUGGUUGCCCCUUUAGACAAACAUUUUUCAUUUCUCUAUUCAAUGCUAAAAGACCAUAUUUCAGAUGAUCCCAACUACAAAGUUCUCGUCUUUUGCACAACUGCAAUGGUGACUAGACUCGUGGCACAGCUUCUUGGAGAGCUGAACUUGAACGUACGAGAAAUCCAUUCCCGGAAACCCCAAAGCUACAGGACCCGAGUUUCGGACGAGUUUAGGAAAUCCAAAGGACUUAUUCUGGUGACUUCUGACGUGUCUGCGCGAGGAGUGGAUUAUCCGGAUGUUACCCUUGUGAUACAAAUUGGGCUCCCAUCUGAUAGACAACAAUACAUUCAUAGACUCGGACGAACAGGGAGGAAGGGUAAAGAAGGACAAGGGGUAUUGAUGUUGGCGCCUUGGGAAGAGUUUUUCUUAUCGACAGUGAAAGAUUUGCCCAUGACAAAGGCUGGAAUUCCUCUGGUUGAUCCAGAGACAAAGAGGAAGGUGGAGAAGGCCUUGUCUCUGGUAGAGAUGAAGAACAAAGAAGCUGCUUAUCAGGCUUGGCUUGGAUACUAUAAUUCGAACAAGAGCGUGGGAGGGGACAAGUAUAGGCUUGUUGAGCUUGCCAAUGAGUUCAGUAGAAGCAUGGGGCUUGACAACCCUCCAGCCAUCCCGAAACUCGUGCUUGGCAAGAUGGGGCUUAAGAACAUUCCGGGCUUGCGUUCCAAGUAGGUAAAGGCGCUAGGAGUUGGGUUUUCUUGCUGGGGUUUUUGCAGAUUUUCUUUAAGGUAAGAGUACUCUUUUAUUUUCAUGCAUUUUGGAAAUUUAUUGCUUUCAGAUUGUGCUGUGCUUUGUUUGAACUUUGAAGUUUUUUACCCCCCAACCAAAUAGCCUUUGAAGCUUUCUUGGUUUUGCAAUCAUUUAACUUUUCAAAUAUCUAUCACUUCCAGAACAGUGCUUACUGCGGAGCAUUGUUUUCU